GUCCCACCGCCCCGCCCGGCUCCGGCUAUGCGGCUGCCGCGCACGGCGGCCCGACUGCUGCCGCUGCCCCUCGGCGCCGGGGCCGCCCUCCUGCCGCGCCGAGCGGCGGCCCAGGCCCCCGAGCAGGUGGAAAACAGAACAAAAGGGAAACUUCAAAAGCAGAUUUGCCAAGUUGUUCUGGAUCAUUUUGAGAAGCAGUACACUGCAGAAUUGGGAGAUGCAUGGACCAGUGUCAGAGCUGUACUCACAAACCCACUGUGCUGGCAGUACGCCGUCCUGCUUAACAAGUUCAGCCAGCCUGCUGAACUGGAGAACGCCUUGCAUGUGAAGGGAUAUCAUCCUGCCUUUCAAGGACCUUUGCCCUGUCUUCCGGCAUCGUUGAAGUGUUACAUCAGGAGAAAUCCCGGGAGAUUUCCUGCACAAAAACACCAGGCUGGUAAACUGAAAGAGUAUUACCUGCUGAAUGCUGCUUCGCUGUUGCCAGUGUUGGCGUUAGAAGUGAAAGAUGGGGAAGAUGUUUUGGACCUCUGUGCUGCACCAGGGGGUAAAUCAGUAGCUAUGCUGCAGUGUGCUUAUCCAGGUCAGUUUCACUGUAACGAAUAUGAUGAUUUGAGGUUAAGAUGGUUGAAAGAGACAAUAGAAUCCUUCAUCCCGGAUCCUUUGAUUAACUUAAUAACAGUCUCUAAACUGGAUGGUAGACAGAUUGGAGACCUUAAGCCUGAAUUAUAUGACAAGGUACUGAUUGAUGCUCCUUGUUCAAAUGACAGAAGUUGGCUAUUCUCUUCUGAUGUUCAGCAAGCUGUGCUUAGGCUAAUACAAAGGAAGGAGUUCCCGUGUCUACAAGUCCAGCUGCUAAGGAUGCACAAAACCUUCCCAUACUUGUGGUUUGCUGAAGUCCUAGAGCAUACUGUGGUAUAAAAUGCAAAAGUAAUAUGCUCUUGACAAGAACAGAUCUGUGUUUUUUGGGCAUUGUUGAUUACCUGAAAAGAUCACUUGCACAUAUUAAUCCAAGAAAGCUCUUCUAUUGGUUAUGGGAUGUGUAUGCUGAAUGCCUUUCCUGGUCUGUUGCUAAAAACAUCAAGAGGGUAAUGAUGUACAGCCUACUGGGGGGUUUGAACUUCCAAAAAGAAAGCAUAGUGAAAUGGAGCGAUGGGGAAAGUCGAUGAGUGCUGUGAGUUCUUUUUAGUGAGGCCACUGCAGCUAAUUCACAAAUCUUUUUCCUCUUCUUUCACUCUCCUGUCGGUUUAUGGAGGAGCAGUGUCCAGUGGGAGAGCUGGCAGAUCUCGGGGCAUGGCGUUAUCUCCGCUUUGUUUCACUCCAUUUCUGUUCUCACUAGUCUGGGACCCUUCUGGUAUGCUUCAUCAUUCACAUGGCCACAAGGUCUUGAGGGGUUUUCCAGUGAUGGUGACAUUACUCACCGCAUUACAUCCAUGAAUACUGGCUCCAGAAGUUACUGGCAAGAGAGCAAUUUUUCUGAAUAGGUGACCUCUUGCUUGACAUAAAAUUUCAACACCAUUUCUUGGGUUUUUUUCCUUCUACCUGCUGUGGAAGGAAAGGUGAGUAAUGGGCUCUGGAGGGGACAGCAGACCAGAUGACUUGCUACUGGCUCUUUUAUUUGCUGACUACAAGGUUUAUUUGUUGACCAGGUACAUUUAUUUUUUGUUAUUUGUUUUUUUGUUUAUUUGAAACACUUGAAAUAAUGUGUGAUUUUGAUUCACUUGGCCAAACCAAAACUCUGCAACCGACAGCGUAGUUUUAAUAGAUUCCUCCAGUAAUGAUUAGGCCAAUGUAAUAUAUGCAGUGCUUGAAUUGGGAUUUACACUCGCAUAUGAAUAUUCAGUGGUGGUGUAUUUUUGGUGGCACGGGUUGUUUCUGGAAUUAGUAGGCCUGCUUGUCAGAUAAUACCAAUAUAUUGACUGGUAUAAAAUGACAUUAAUUAGAGAAAUCUGAAAGGUCUAGAGGGUUAGAGAUGUGCUGCUUAUUGUUGGUGUUAAUUUCUUUUGACUAGGUUGAGAUGUGUGAACUGGAUUUUUUAUAACUCGGUGGUUAAGUCUUUAUUUUAAUACAAAAUUGCUAUUGGUGCUGAAUUUUGUAGUGUCUUUUCUAUCUU